AUGGCCCAAGUUAUCGUCGUCGGUGGUGGUCUUGCUGGCCUCUCUGCUGCACACACGCUCCUCGAGCGUGGGGCGAACGUCCUGCUGCUCGACAAGCAGCCAUUUAUGGGAGGAAACUCGACAAAGGCGACGUCUGGUAUCAAUGGAGCUGGUACCGCGACGCAGCAGGAGCUCGGGAUCCCGGACAAUGCGAAGAUAUUCUUCGAGGACACAAAGAAAUCGGCUCGUGAGCUGGCACGAGACGACCUCAUCGCUGUCCUCACCGGGCGCUCGGGCGACGCCGUCAACUGGCUGCAGAACAAGUUCGGGCUGGACCUGUCCAAGGUCGCGCGCCUCGGCGGGCACAGCCAGCCGCGCACCCACCGCGGGAGCGCGCAGUUCCCGGGGAUGGUGAUCACGUACGCGCAGAUGGAGCGCCUCGAAGACCUCGCGCAGAGCACCCCCGAGCGCGUGCAGAUCAAGAAGAAGGCGCGUGUGAGCAAGCUGCUGAAAGACGAGUCCGGGUCGGUCGUCGGCGUCGAGUACGUGCAUAACGGCCAGACGCAAACCGCGUACGGGCCGGUCAUCCUCGCGACGGGUGGGUAUGCGGCGGACUUUACGAGCGACUCGCUCUUGAAGAAACACCGGCCCGAGUUUUGGGAGCUCCCGACGACGAACGGCGAGCACUGUACUGGUGACGGGCACAAGCUCGCUAUGGCUAUUGGUGCGAGCGCGAUCGACCUUGAGAAGGUGCAGGUGCACCCGACGGGUCUGGUCGACCCGAAUGAGCCCGAUGCGAAGGUCAAAUUUUUGGCGGCGGAGGCGCUGCGUGGGGUUGGCGGGCUGUUGCUUGAUAACGAGGGCAAGCGGUUUGUGGAUGAGCUGCAGCACCGUGACUACGUUACUGGGAAGAUGUGGGAGAACGGCAAGUACCCGAUCAGGCUCGUGUUGAACGGCCAGGCGUCCUCAGAGAUCGAGUGGCAUUGCAAGCACUACGUCGGCCGCGGGCUGAUGAAGCGGUUCGAGAGCGGUGAGGCGCUCGCGAAGGAGAUCGGCAUCCCGCCCGCGCAGCUGAAGAAGACGUUCGACGAGUACAACGUCAUCGCGAAGACGAAGAAGGACCCCUUCGGGAAGAAGUUCUUCUCGACGGGCGAGUGGAAGAUGGAUGACGUCUUCAACGUCGCGAUCAUGACGCCCGUGCUGCACUACACCAUGGGCGGGCUCGAGAUCGACGCCGAGUCGCGCGUGGUGGGCAAGGACGGCAAGCCCAUCAACGGCCUGUUCGCCGCAGGCGAGGUCGCGGGCGGUGUCCACGGCGCGAACCGUCUUGGCGGGUCGUCGCUGCUGGGAUGUGUCGUGUUCGGCCGGGUAUCUGGUGACUCGGCCGCGGCGUACCUCCUGCAGCGCACGGGCGCGAUUGCGGCGAAAGCAGCCGGUCGUUUGGGCGUCGUUGCUGGGCAUCUCGAGAGCGGCAGUGGUGCCCCUGCGCAGUCGCAGGCGCGGGAGGAGCAGCAAACGGCGAAGGGUGAGCAGACGGCGGGCAAGUCCUCCGGCGGCAAGGGUGGCGAGUUCACAGCGGAAGAGGUCGCGAAGCACAACAAGAAGGAUGAUAUCUGGGUCAUCGUGAACGGCCAGGUGUUGGACGUUACUAGCUUCUUGCCAGAGCACCCCGGAGGGGAGAAGGCUAUCCUUCUCUACGCCGGCCGCGAUGCUACGGAGGAGUUCAAUAUGCUUCACGACCCGAAGGUCAUCCCCCGAUACGCCCCCGACUCUGUCAUCGGCAACCUCAAGAAGUAA